AUGGUUCUUCAUUUCUGGCGUUAUCUGCAACGAUGCGAUGCUCGCGUAAUAGUGCCGGAAGACCGAGCCUUCAAUCUGCCCGAGGGAUGGUGGUCGGAUCCUGUUCGAUUCCAACUUGAGCGACGGGCAAUCUUCAGCCAAACGUGGAUUUGUGUGAGCCACCGCGGACGUUUUCGCUCCCCCGGCGACUAUGUUGUCUACGAUAUUGCUGGUUUUCGUAUUCUCAUGAUCCUGGGAAAGGACAUGGUAGUGCGAUCAUUCCACAAUGUCUGUAGGCACAGAGCCUUCCCGGUCGCCAGGAAGCAGUCUGGCAGCGCCACCAUUCUUGGCUGUCGAUAUCAUGGAUGGAGUUAUAACACAGAGGGAAGGCUUAUCAAAGCUCCUUAUUUCGACAAUCUCACCGGCUUUGAUAAGAGCUUGAAUAGUCUCUUCGAAAUCUACACGAAGCAGGACAGCCGAGGCUUCCUUCACAUCAACGUCAGCCGUGACGAGGGCCUGCCUGCUACUGCACCUGUAGCGGGCUUAGAGAUGGACAAGCUGGAGAAGACCGGCCCAGAUAUAGAACUCUUAGAGAGCAUUGAAUUCAGUGGGAACUUCAAUUGGAAGGUAAUACGUAGGUCCAUACGCCACAUCGCAUCCAACUGCGUCCAAUUCCACGAAUUCAGCCCUUCCAUUCCUGAAGAGGGACCUAGUUCUAUUGGAGAGCUACUAUCCUUCCCUUUGACUACAGUACACACAAUGUUUGAUCGACCUUUCUGGUACCAACUCACGUACUCUCCCGUCGCCGUUGACCAAACCAAUUUACGCUGCGAUGUUUACAUCAACAGCCCUAAGGGGUCUUUUAAUCUUGAUGGGGCGGCUAUGAAUUUCCUUGAAAAGGGAAUACAGCAGAGGCUUCUAGCUUUUGAGUAUCAGUAUAAGCAGCUCAUAACUUCCAGAGAUGAAGCCAUUGGCAACAGUAACCAAGCAAAGAUUGCUGAUGCAGUCGAAAUGCACUGGCGUCAGGAGGCAGUCCGUGGCUUCGAGAUCAAGCCCGCUGCGCUUAAGCAGCAGAAUGGCGACGCCAAACUCUCAAAGGCUGAUCGAAGUAAGUAA